CUUAUCUAUGAAAUUUUUUGACUUAGCCCCCUCUUUGGUGAUGUGCAGCCCGGCCAACUAUCCCCAUCCGGCUAUGCUCACCCUUUUUUUAUUACCAAACCGUGUCUUUGUAAACGAUACUUCAUUUCAUACUUCAAACUCAAUCAAACCUCUCUCUCUCUCUCUCUCUCUCUCUCAUAAAAGCCCAACACACCCCAUUCUCCCAUUUCCAAAUCUCACACAUGAUAAUGCCUAAACAAGGGCUCCAAGCCCUCCUCCUCCUCUCUCUGUCCAUUUUCCUCUUCACCUCCUCCUCCGCCGCCAUCAGAAUCCCCACCACUACAACUGCCGCCAAUGCCGCCACCAAACUCUCUCAUCAACAGUUUAGAGAGGCCCCGAAAUUCUACAACUCUCCAGAAUGUCCAUCCAUCGUUGACAAUGACAAUGACGUCGAGGUUGAAGCAGACAAUAAUAAAAUAGCCGUAUGUUCGGAGAGCGCCGUCCACGUGGCGAUGACCCUCGACACCGCCUACAUCCGGGGAUCCAUGGCGGCAAUCCUCUCUGUCCUCCAACACUCCUCAUGUCCCCAAAACAUAUUCUUCCACUUCGUCGCCUCCGCCUCCGCCGACGCGUCCCUACUACGCGCCACCAUCUCCACCUCCUUCCCUUACCUAAAAUUCCAAAUAUACCCUUUCGACGACUCCGCCGUCGCCCGCCUCAUCUCCACCUCCAUUCGCUCCGCCCUCGACUGCCCACUCAACUACGCUAGGAGCUACUUAGCCAAUCUCCUCCCACUCUGCGUCCGCAAAGUCGUCUACCUCGACUCCGACCUCGUCCUCGUCGACGACAUCGACAACCUCGCUGCCACCCCUCUCGGCGCCGCCGCCGUCCUCGCCGCGCCGGAAUACUGCAACGCCAAUUUCACGUCCUAUUUCACUCCUACAUUCUGGUCAAACCCAUCUCUCUCUCUAACAUUCGCGAAUCGCAAGGCUUGUUAUUUCAAUACCGGAGUCAUGGUGAUCGAUCUAGAUCGGUGGAGAAACGGACACUACACGACUAAGAUUGAGGAAUGGAUGGAGCUUCAGAAGAGAAUGAGAAUUUAUGAAUUGGGUUCUUUGCCACCGUUUUUGCUUGUUUUUGCCGGAAAUAUAGCUCCGGUGGAUCACAGAUGGAACCAGCACGGUCUCGGCGGCGAUAAUUUCCGGGGACUUUGCAGGGAUUUGCAUUCGGGUCCGGUGAGUCUGUUGCAUUGGAGUGGGAAAGGGAAGCCGUGGGCUCGACUCGAUGCUAAUCGGCCGUGCCCUUUGGAUGCUCUCUGGGCUCCAUAUGAUCUCUUGAAACCUCCAUUUUCGUUAGAUUCUUGAAGAACAAAAAAGAUUGAAGUAAAGUCUUUUGGUUCAAGAUUCGUCAAAGAAGGUGAGGACUAAAGAUGAAAUAAAGCGUAUAGACAUUGUGGAUGAUGAUGAUGAAGAAGCCAUGGACGAGUUAUCUGAAAAUACAGGUGAAUCAUCGAGUCUGUGACUUAUAAGUUGCACACUGUUGAUAUAUAAGGAAGAUGACAGGAGUAGAGAUUUUUAUUUUUAUUUUUUUGUUAAAUUUGUAAAUUAAAAUGGGUAUCAUCGAACCUGUCUAUCAAAAUCUUCAGUUUUCUUUUGAUGAUGGAGAUGAUUAUAGGUAUAUUUUGUUUGUAAUAAUAAGGAAUAAGGAUAUAAAAUCCAUAAGAACAUGUAUUCUUUUUUACUUCAUGAA